AAGUUCUGAACUACAGAACAUCGACCUUUAAAGUGUUCACAUAUCGCCACCGCCACCAUGUCCUUCUGUAACGCCACCACAGAACAACUCUUCACCAAUGCCACUAUCUUGUCAUGGACGGAGAGCGUCAUCGUCGCCAUUGAGGAACUGCACAUCGUCAUAGCAACCGUCCACGUCGUGAUGGAGUCUGUCGGCAUGGAUGUGGAAACCAUCCCCCUGGUUCUCCACUACGUGCCCCGGGUCAUAGCCGUGCUGUUCAUCGUGCCGUGGUACAUCAUGGGAUCCCUGUACGUAAACGCCAUCAUCAUUCGCUUCUACAGCGAGAUGUACAACUUGACGGACCCUUUCGACGGCAACGCCGUUUGGCAGAAGGCACGGUGCGCGGUCUCUGCCUUCUGGGCAGUCCAGGCUAAGCUCUUGCACGGUUACGAGAUUUACGGUUAUGAGAAGCUCCCCAAGAACGGCCCUGGGCUGAUCGUGUACUAUCACGGCACCCUGCCUGUGGAUUGUUACUACAUGAUGGCGAGGAUUAAUCUGGACCAGGACAGACCCCUGUGUGCCAUGACCGACCGCUUCAUGUUCAGUAUUCCAGGGUUGAAGUUCAUGAUGGACGCGAUGGGUGUGAACCGAGGCGAGCCGGACCACUGCGUGCGGCUGCUGAAGGCGGGGAACCUGCUGGCCCUGGCGCCGGGAGGGGUGAGGGAGGCGCUGUUCGGGGAUAAACACUAUAACCUCAUCUGGAAACACAGGAUGGGCUUCGCAAACGUGGCUAAAAAGGCCGGCGUGCCCAUCUUCCCGAUGUUCACACAGAACUUGCGGGAGGUUUUCCGGACCCCACGAUUCGGAACACGCUUCCUGGAGUGGGUGUAUGAGAAAACCCGGAUGCCUGUUGUGCUCAUCUAUGGUGGAUUUCCUGUCAAACUCAGAACCUACAUAGGAGACCCUAUCUAUGACCCCAGCCUCUCCGCUCAGCAACUUGCUAAGAAGACCCAUGAUGCCAUAGAAGAGCUGAUCCAGCGCCACCAGAGGGUCCCAGGAAGCACUCUCCAUGCCCUUCUGGAGAGGUUUGUUGGACCCAGUUCCUGUGAAAAGGCCUGACCUGGUUUCCACGGAAAUAUAACUGUUCUGUGAGGCCCAACUUAAACCUUUUCCCUGCUACCUAUCCCCAUAACUCAUGCAAAUUUUGUGGCAAUUGGGCUACUUCAGCAGGGAGAAAGUUAAAUUAGCAUACUGUGGCUUUGUGCUGCUGACAAAUGCUGCAUGUAUCCUACAUCAAUGACCUAUCUCUGUACCUUGAAUGAAGGUGAAGAAAAGAUUGAUGGAGGGAGACAUGAUAUUACAGUAUGCAGAAAAAUCUGAGACUGCAUCUGCCAAUGCACAACUUUUCUGAAGAUUUCACAGAGUGCCUUUCUUUCAAGUAUAGACUGUGUACAAGGUGACAUCAGCUGCUACAAUGAAUAUGAGACAUUGAAUUAACUUGUUGAAAAUCCUAUCAAAUACAGCACACUUGCUUGAAUGAGGCUUUGAAGAAAUGGCUACUAAGAACAUUCCCCCUCU